AUGGCCGACCGCGUCCACCCCAUGCAGUCUCCGCCGCAUCCCGCGUCCCCUCUGCCGCCGCCGGACCAGGAGGACGCGGCGGCGGCGGCGGCCACGGAGACCACGCCGCUCCACCCCACCUUCUACGAGCCGCCGGCGCCGCCGCCCGGGACGUACAUCGUCCAGAUUCCAAAGGACCAGGUCCUCCGCGUGCCGCCCCCCGACCGGGCCAGCCGGUACAAGAGUCUCGCGGAGCGCCCGGUCCGGCGCCGCCGCCUGCGCCGCGCCUGCUUUGGCGCCUGCGGGGCCGUGCUCUUCCUUGCCGUCGCCGCCGCCGUGUUCGUGGGCGCCGUGUACCUCGUCUUCCGCCCCCGCGCGCCCGCCUUCUCCGUCGCCUCCCUCUCCAUCCGCGGCCUCGACGUGGCCGCCCUGCCGCCCUCUUCGCUCUCGCCGGAGCUCGACGUCGCCCUGCGCGCGGACAACGGCGCGAACAGGAAGGUGGGCGUCGACUACCGCGGCGCCGGCGAGGUGGCGGUCUCCUACUCCGGUGCGCGCCUUGCGGCCGGCCAGUGGCCGGCGUUCCACCAGGCGCCGAGGAACGUGACGGUGCUCUCCACGACGCUGAGGGGGACCGGCGUGAGCUUCAGCGACGAGCAGAGGAAGCAGCUGGCCGCGGAGCAGGCGGCGCGCGCGGUGCCGCUGACGGUGGAGGCGCGGGUGCCCGUGCGGCUGCGGUUCGGGAAGGUGCUGCGGACGUGGACGGUGGACGUGAAGGCGACGUGCCAGGUGACGGUUGACAGGCUGGCCGGCGAGGCAGCGGCGGCCAACAGAGGAUGCCGGGUCAAGGUCAGGCCGUUCUUGUGGUGGUGGUGGUGA